ACCUUCCCCGGGGGCUCUGCAGCCCGACGCCCUCCCGCAGCACGCACCGCAGAGGUUGGAGGCCACGCACACAAAGCCUGUGCCUGCAGCACCUUUGGCACCGGCAGCCAGCCCCUACAAACAACUAUUGCCACCCGAGGUAUUCCUGCAAGCUUUCUCGGUCCCCUCGGGUGCCUCCCGCGAGCUAUUAAUACAGCAGGCACAUGCUCUGACAUCGCGUUCCCCGCGGCCACCAGAUAACUUUAAUUUGCCCUUUAAACGUCCCGAGACCGGCGGCCCUCGCCGUCCCUCCCGGGGGAACAUGGCGGCGCUGCCUCGCGCCCCCCAGCGGGGGCGGGUCCUGGGGGGUCCCAGCCAAUGUGCGCGCCCCGGGGGGCCGCCUCCUCCUAUCGCGAGAGGCCGCAGGUUAUAAGCGGGGCUGCACGGGGCCCUGGGCCAUUUGGCCGGCGGGGCGCGGCGUGGGGUGCUGGGUGGGGAGGUGCGUGGCUCGUUGGCUCUCUCCGGGUAGGGGGUGUCGGACCGGCUUCCAGCAUGGGUGACCAAGCGCUCAGCUUUCUCAAGGACUUUUUGGCCGGCGGGGUCGCUGCCGCCAUCUCCAAGACGGCCGUCGCCCCCAUCGAGAGAGUGAAGUUGCUGCUGCAGGUCCAGCACGCCAGCAAACAGAUCACAGCGGAGAAACAGUACAAGGGCAUCAUCGACUGCGUCGUCCGCAUCCCCAAGGAGCAAGGCAUCAUCUCCUUCUGGAGGGGCAAUCUAGCCAACGUCAUCCGGUACUUCCCCACCCAGGCCCUCAACUUCGCCUUCAAGGACAAGUACAAGCAGAUCUUCCUGGGGGGAGUGGACAGGCACAAGCAGUUCUGGCGCUACUUCGCGGGCAACCUGGCGUCCGGUGGCGCGGCCGGAGCCACCUCGCUCUGCUUCGUCUACCCGCUGGAUUUUGCCAGGACCCGGCUGGCGGCUGAUGUGGGCAAAGGAGUAUCCGAGAGGGAGUUCACGGGGCUGGGCGACUGCAUUGUCAAGAUCUUCAAGUCCGAUGGCUUGAGGGGCCUGUACCAGGGAUUCAAUGUGUCUGUCCAGGGCAUCAUCAUCUACAGAGCAGCCUAUUUUGGGGUUUAUGACACAGCCAAGGGUAUGUUGCCUGAUCCAAAGAAUGUGCACAUCAUAGUGAGCUGGAUGAUUGCCCAGAGUGUCACUGCAGCAGCAGGGCUGGUUUCGUACCCUUUCGAUACUGUGCGACGUAGGAUGAUGAUGCAGUCUGGACGAAAGGGAGCUGAUAUUAUGUACAAGGGCACAAUUGAUUGCUGGAAGAAGAUAGCAAAAGAUGAAGGAUCCAAAGCAUUCUUCAAAGGUGCCUGGUCAAAUGUGUUGAGAGGCAUGGGUGGAGCUUUUGUACUAGUACUUUAUGAUGAAAUCAAGAAGUAUGUCUAAAACUUAACAUCCUAAUGUAGUUCAGUUGUUCUCAAUUAACUUUUUAAAAUACCUAUUGUGAUGUAAUGGACAACAAAAUAUUUCCUAGGGAAACAGAAUAAGACUUGAGUAACAUCCAGUUGAGAGAGGGAUGCAUUUAUUUAAAAUCUGUCCACUACAGCACAGUUGCACUUUGUAUGGAAAUUCCUCCAACAUUUAUAGUGGAAGCUGUGUAUAUAUUACACCCUUUCAAAUUUCAGGUAAAGCAUUUUGACUAGAGACAAGAUAUAGGUGGUAUACACCUAGUUUAAAAUCUGAUGUAAACUCAAAGUGAGAAAUACCUUUUAUACUAAAUAAUAUCUCUAGCUACCCAAUACUAUGAUGAUACAACAUGAUUUUAUAAGCCAUGUCAUCUUCUCUGAAGCUGUUAUUUUUUAAAUUUGAUAUGUAAGUGUAAGUAUCUGCAAACUAUAAUACAACAAUGGGCUGUGAAUUCCUAACUGCUGCCUUUUCACUGACAAGUUGGCAGUUGUGGUCAAAACCAGACCAUAAUGACUGUUUUCAAUUGUACUCUGUAGAAGGUGGAAAUAUUGUUAAAAAUGCCCUAUUGUCACAAAGCAAAAAGUUGUCUGCUCUGAUGUUCAAUUGAACUAAAACUGAACUCAUGAAAUAAAUAUAUACAUGAACUCUUCCUGUUGUUUUCAAUGUAAAGGGAACAGGUCUACCAGAACUAAUGUAUUUAGAGACACUAUCUGGUUAAUAUUAGACAUGACUGCUAGGAACUUUUCAUGGUUAUUCAUGAUGACAUUUUUUUAUAGUGAAGUAUUCAGCUGAGAACUCUAUGGAUUUACCUGUUUUAUGAGUAGGAAAAAAGGGAGAGCUAUGAGACUCCAGGUUCUGUGCCUUGGUAUCUAGUUAUCCCUUUCCUGUAUUUCAGAUCUCUGUCACUUAACAUGAUGGUCCUUAUGGGUGUGACUGCUCUAUGUGAAAGCAGCAAGAAAGUACUAAAGUAAUAUCUGGAGGCAUUUAUCCACCCAAAGAAUAGCAGUGUUCAGGGAAAAUUGGUCUUAAUAAAUUUUCAAAUUAUCUAAAGAUGUACACAGGUAACUGCUUGUUACCCUAGUAAAGGAAGCUCCUUUGCUUAAACCACAGUAGUACUACAGACUUUGAGAAAUGCUUCGUUCUUGAGCUUCUAGGCUUAUUCUCUGCUCUUUCUCCUCUUCUGUCCUAUGAGAGAUAGUGCCUCUUUAAAUGCAGUCACCUAGAAGUCUGAUCAGCCCUGGUCUGUUUUCUGCCUGGUGGCAAAUAACCAGGGUUGUAACCUAUUGAAGCAUAAGGUUGUGAAGAAAAUCAAGGUGUUUACUGCAGUAGUCUUAUAAAUCAUGGUCUGCAUGCUUGCCUUUCCUCUUUUUCUCCUUCCUUUUCACAUUCCUUAGAGAAAGUUUGCCAACACACUGUAACUCUUCACCUCACCAAUAUGGGUGCAUAUAGCAUUCAAAUAUUUUGGAGAAGAUACUGAAACAAUGUCAGAGGUAACAGACUUUAGGGAUAAUUUAUGCAUGAAUAGAUACUAAAAGAAUUGAGAGCACAAGAAUUUCCAGAGGGGUCUAAAUA